AUGGGUAGAUUGUCUAAAAGAAGUUUGCAUCUUAAAAAAAUAUCACAAUUAUCCGUUAAAUCUAGACAAGAAGUAAUUAAAAAUAAGAACAAAGAGAUUAAUAAUGCAAAUGAAUUGGUUGAUAAUGAAAUUAAUAGAGAAUUAGUCAGCAAUUCAAAUAAUGAAUUACCAUUUUCAAAACUAUUAUCAAACCACUCAAUAGUAUCAUCAACAUCGUCACCAGAAUUUUCAUCAAAACCAUCCGAAAAUACGAAAUCUUAUGCCAGAUCUAAAAGACCGCUUAGUUAUCUUGGAAAUUCUAUCAGAACUAGGCAAAGAAAGAAAAGCAUUGGUAGAUUAGACGCUGAAAAAAAUGGGAGCACAUUAGAUAAUUUUUUCUCUACAGAAAAAAAUCUUCAGAUAAAUGAAAAUGAUAUGAAUUCCCACAAUGACUUGAUUGAAGAAAGUAAUGCAGUUGAAAUCAAUCUCGUGGAACAUCAAAAACAUGAAGUGGAAUUGAGAAAAUAG